AUGGUCUCCCGAAGGGUCUUUAACCUGCCGUCUGGCCUACUGUUUUGGUUGGCAUUUGGAUGGACCCCGACAUCUGCUUAUAGUCCUCGGGCGCCUGACCGGGUCUCAGAAACAGAUAUCCAGAGGCUACUCCAUGGCGUUAUGGAGCAGUUGGGCAUUGCCAGGCCACGGGUAGAAUAUCCAGCGCACCAGGCCAUGAAUCUCGUGGGCCCACAGAGCAUCGAAGGUGGCGCUCACGAAGGUCUGCAACACUUGGGCCCUUUCGGCAACAUUCCCAACAUCGUGGCAGAGUUGACUGGUGACAACAUUCCUAAGGACUUCAGUGAGGAUCAGGGCUACCCAGACCCUCCAAACCCUUGUCCCAUUGGAAAAACAGAUGAGGAUGGAUGUCUGGAAAACACCCCUGACACAGCCGAGUUCAGUCGACAGUUCCAGCUGCAGCAGCACCUCUUUGACCCGGAGCAUGACUAUCCAGGCCUGGGCAAGUGGAACAAGAAACUCCUUUAUGAGAAGAUGAAAGGAGGACAGAGACGAAGGCGAAGGAGUGUCAAUCCGUAUCUGCAAGGACAGAGAUUGGACAAUGUUGUCGCAAAGAAGUCGGUUCCUCACUUUUCCGAUGAGGAUAAGGACCCAGAGUAAAGUGAAGAUGCUGGACAAAGCCCAGUCUGCCCAUGAGGCUCAGUGUUGUUUAUGUGCAUGUGCUCUGAAAGCCCCUGGGAAUGGCGGCAUGUUCGUUAUGUAGAUGAUAAGGGGUGAAAAGCAGCUGUAUUUCUGAUAUUGCAUUGUCAUUGAUUUUGAUGGCUCUGCUUUCUGCCAAAAUGGAAUAAAAAAAACUUUUGCAUGUGUGUGGACCUGCAAUGAACUUUAAAAUGAAAAUACAUAUGUCAACAACAAUAAAAAGCAGGACUGUGACAUGUCCUCAGAUACGUUGCAGCUUAAAAUCGUGUUUUGGGCUGUACUCUUUCGGCCAAUUUUGUAAACAGCAUUUGAUUUUGAUUAUCUAGUUCAUCUGGCCCUUGGGUGUUAUUGCACACCAGUAAAUGAUACUGUACUCACAGGAAGAGCUGACCUGGUUCACUGGACUGUAUCUUUUUAAAAAAUAAUUUUCAAUUGGUUUUUAACGAUUGAUAUACAAUAUUAUGCAUGGGUCUUAACUAUUCGAUUUGAUAACUUUUCGACAGUUGUAUACACCUGUGUAACCACCACCCCAAACAAAGUGGAGAACAUUUACAUCACCUCAGAAGGUUCUUCCAUGCCCCCUUUCUGUCAGUCCCUGCCUGUCCCCAAGAAUGAACUACUUUCUGAUUUUUGUGACCACCCUAAGUUAGUUUUGCCUGGUUUAGAAUUUCAUACAAAGGCAAAAUCCUACACACGAACUCUUUUGCAUCUGGAUGUUUGUUUCAUGAUGUUGAGGUUUUUCUGCUUAGCAAUGGCUCAUUCCUUUUCAUUGCUGAGUAGUAUUCCAUUGUCUGAAGGUACCACAAUUCACUGCUCCAUUCUCUAAGUAGUCGUUGUUUGCGCAUAUGAGUGAGGGACCUUGAUGAUCUGAUGGGCAUAGACCCUCCUGAGCACUUGGAGGCCGGCAUCCGUGAGAGCAGAGAGCAGUCCAUUUGGUUUUCAUCAUGGACUCUGAAGGCCUAGGGGUUACAGAUGGUAAACAGUCCCAGAUUGACAUGUUCUUUUUAGUGCUUUCUUUUUCUCCAUUGCUGUACACUUUCUGCUCGCAGUGUGCCUGCUUAUGGCAUUUCUCUUCCUAAUUUUUGCCUUCUGUGUCACAGCAGAGCCUAGAUAACCAAACGUCUUAGAGUCACAUAAAGAAUAACAGCAGACUCCAGGGAGCGGCCUGAAGUAGGCUCUUUGAUGAGGACUGUGAUGCUGAUUUGGGCUGCUCUGAGAUCUUUUUUCUCCUUCGUAUUUCCAGUUCCUCAGCCAUGUUCUGGACUGUAUCUUAAUAAAUGUUUGUGCAAGCAUUAGUGUGUGAAGUUUUUUAUUUACAGCCUUAUAAAAGCAAUGCCUUUGUUUAAUAGAGUACCUUCACAUGUGAUCGUAUCUGAUCCUAAC